AGGAGGGGAACUCGUCACAUAAUGUGUGGAUCGCUGUCUUCGUCUAGCGCGCCCCAGGCUGUGUCCUCAGCUUCUGUACAUCAACGGGACCUGCCACAGAGUUGUCCUGGUUGCCCACCUUUCUGCACAGUUGACAGAAUCAUGACGGCCUUCAAAGGGAUCUGGACCAAAGACUUCUGGCGGGCGGUGUCCGCAGAGUUCUUGGCCACCCUGAUUUUCGUGCUCCUCAGCGUCGGCUCGACCAUCAACUGGGCUGCGGGGAAGGACAGCCAGCCUCCGGCUGACCUGGUGCUGAUCUCGCUCUGCUUCGGCCUCAGCAUCGCCACGAUGGUCCAGUGCUUCGGCCACAUCAGCGGGGGCCACAUCAACCCCGCCGUCACGGCAGCCAUGGUGGCCACCAGGAAACUGAGCCUGGCCAAGGCCGUGUUCUAUGUGGCGGCGCAGUGCCUGGGAGCUACGGCGGGGGCAGGGAUCCUCUACCUGGUCACUCCCAGUGCUGUGAGAGGAAGCCUAGGAGUAACCUCGGUUAACUCCGACCUAUCGGCAGGACAUGCUCUUGUUGUGGAACUCUUCAUCACUUUUGAGCUGGUCUUCACUGUCUUUGCCACAUGUGACCCGAAACGGAACGACUUGAAAGGUUCAGCUGGCCUAGCCAUUGGACUUGCUGUGUGCAUUGGUCAUCUUUUUGCAAUCCCCUACACUGGUGCCAGCAUGAACCCCGCGCGCUCGUUUGGGCCUGUGCUCGUUACCUGGAACUGGGAAAAUCACUGGGUGUACUGGGUGGGUCCACUCCUUGGUGCCAUUCUGGCGGCGGCGCUGUACGAGUAUCUGUUCUGCCCAGACCCUGCAAUGAAGAAGCGUCUCAGCGAGCUGUUCGUCAAAGACCCCUCUGGGAAAUACAAGGAAGUGGAGUGUCCCCGCGCACUGCAGUACAACGGAGAGCCCGACGACCUGGUCAUCAAACCCGGCUCGUUCCUCAGCACCGUGGACAAGAGGGAGAAGGAGGAGGCGUUGCGGGAGUCCCCCGGGGAGGUGCUGUCCUCCGUAUGACUACCACGUGCACUGGAGAUGGAGACCAACCUGUAGGGCAGCAGGGGCUGCCAGUGACCUGUGGCCAGGCCCUCCUUACCAUCUACACAUAAACAAAAACAAAAACAAACAAAACGAAAAACAAACAAACAAACAAAAAUCGUGAUCUCAGGGAGCUUUGUUUCUCUCUGGGCACUCACCAAAGUGUAUUUCUUAUGUAUAGGGCCAUGCCCUGUGUUUUGCUGCAUAAGACGCCUUUGGUUAUACCCCAGCAUUCUGUCAGCUCCGUUGAUUCAUUACUUGCACUAUUUUUUGCUGCAAGUUGGACAGUUUUUGUUUUCUAAAUUAACUCUUUCUGCAUGAUGCAACACUGAACCAUAAAUUGACAGUGACACACCAUGAAAGGAUUCUCAUGCCAAAAAAGGAAAUUUUACAACAAAAACAUGUAAAACCGUCACAUUCCAUUAAGCCGCAUAUGUCAUCAAACUUGGUGGAAAGUCUCGACCUAUUGCCUUGUUAAUCUUGGAUUAGUGUCUAGUUUCAUACAUCACAUGUCAUGACAUCAUGGUCAUUAAGCAAAUUACAAACCCCAUGGUAUGAUGGACAGUGAUAAGGUAUGCGGCCGGUCAGAAGCAGGUUGGAAGUUCCUUGACCAUCUGAGCCAGUGUGUUUACACAUUGACUUGCUCCAUUUGCAGUGCACAGAUUUGGGACUGUCUUGUUAUCCAACUGUAUCAUUAUUUUCCUCAGCAACUCUGAUAGCAACUCCCAAUGCCUUACAUUGUAAAAUAUAUGGUGGUGGUGGUGGUGGUUAUAGGUCUUAAUAUGUAUAGAAAAUAUAGAUAGUGUGAAUGGAGUUAAACCCUCUGCACUGUGUUUUUCAGUGUGUGUGUGAUGCAAAGUAUGUUACUAUAAAUGUUUGUGUAUUUUUUUAUUUAUGAGAUAACAUAAGCUGUGACAAACUCAGCCUCAUUGAUCUGUGACCUUAACAAAUUGCUUAUUUUUUCAAUGCAUGGAUUGCAGCACUCAGCCAAUAAAUAUACUCUAGUGAUAUGGUUGUUUCAA